AUGUGUGAAGAAUUCACUAUCUUGGAGAGUACAAAGGACAACUGCUUAGGAGCUUCUCAAAGGUACUGCCUGAAAUUUCAAAGGACUAAGCCAGGUGGCAUUGCAAACAUGGUGAUCUCACAAAUGCCCUUGUAUUGUUCAACGAGAUGCAAACACAAGGGCUGUAUCCUGAUCCAAUCAAGCACCAAGCUCAAUUCUCUGUUGCACAUGCAUGUUCUAGCAAUCAGCCGGAAACCUCCUCCCCUGAGCCACCAUGACAAAAAGAUCAAAAAUACACAAGAUGAAGUGAAUAAUAACAGGCCAAAAGAGAGUAAUAAUGACUUACCUGUGACGUGGAAUACCACCGAAGGAGGCUUCAGGAAGAGGAAGUAA